CUUGCAAGCCCACAACCGCUCCCGUUGCUUUUCUAGCCAGAUGACUCUUCAGAACACACGCGCCCCACAUACAUUGAUACACGAGCCGCCCGAAGGACUAGGUCACAGGCAAAUCCUUUAACAGCUUGCGGAAAACUGCGAGCGUCUGUGCGGCUUCUUAGCUUCGUUGGCGCCGGGACCCGGGAGCUGAUAUAACUAUCGCGACGCUAAGGAGGCCGAGGAGCUGCUAUGCAACGCCCUCAAAGCUUUAUGGACAGGCUAUCCAACGUGGAGGCACAGCUCGCAGAGCUGCAGCAGGAGCUGCAGCAGGACCCUGGCACUUCGCUUCUUCGGGAGAUUGCCUCGCAGACAGAGCACAAGCUGGCGCGUUGCGUCAUGCCCGGCUUGAAGCCCCAGGACCUCGUCCACGUGACAUUCAGCCGCCUUGCCAGCGGCAGGGACCAGGGUGUCGACCGGGCAGCCUUUCACCGGGUCGUGCAUCGGCACCCGGGGCUUGCAGGUGGGCUUGAGUCCUUGAAGGAGCUGGCCACAUGCGUGCGGCGCCCGCUGGCGGCUCGCACCAAACCUGGGGGCGGCCAGCAGGCCGUCACCAGCGAGCUCCUGCGCGAGCUGAUUGACAAGGAAUACCCGGACGGCGACCCCGUGAAGCCGGACGUGGAGGCCGUGCUCGCCUGCCUCCAGGAGCUGGCGGAGCACCUGGGCGAGCGCAUCUUUAUCACGUAGACCAUGGAGACGGCACGGAAAUGCGGGGCCUCCCGUAAGGUGCUUGUUAGUGGGUGGGCAGGCAGAGGAGGGUGAGCAAUUACCGGUAGCUCCACCCGGUGUGUUGUGCUCAGUGUUAAGAGUACCACGGACUGACGGCAGGGCGUUCUGAUUUGGUGCGCCUGCGAUAUUUGCUCUUCCCCCUCGUCGUCCUAAAAAUGAAGGAAACGUGGCAUGCGGCGGGAGGGAGGGAUGGCAUGGGGCGGUGCAGCGUGGUGAGCGGCAGGGGCUUGGGGAGGCAAGGGGAAUGAAGGGCAGUGUGCGAGGUGACAAUAAUCAAGUAAGGUAGCCACAACUGCACACUGCUGUCCGGAGGAACGCGAAGCGCUGAGGACGCUGUUGACCUGUUGUUGACAGUCGAGCGCUUGACAGUGGCUGGGAACUGGGCCGGACUGAUGCUACCAUGUGUUAUUCCUGGUGGUGCGUGGUUUGCCACCGUGUGGUCCAGUACCACGGGUGUGGACUGAUGGUGGGAACGCGAAGCCCUAGUUACGGUGCUGUAAUCAUCUCGAGGA